CUGGGACCGGGGCCGGGCAAGGCGGGGCCGGCGCGGGGCUCCCUCGCCAGGAACUUUCCGGCCCGGCAGAGCGGGGAGCGCGGGGCUGAGCCAUGAGCCGGCCCGACCUGGACACGCACCGGCUGGCGCUGCUGGCCGCCAAGGAGGACAUCGCGGGCCGCCGCGCCUCCGCCGGCUGGGCCGUCUUUGCGUAUGGGAAGCACAAUGAGCUGAAGCUCCUGGACUCGGGAGCUGGUGGGGCAGAGGAGCUGGCCAGGAAGUUCUCCAGUACCAACAUCAUGUACGGCCUAUGCCGCGUCCAGGACCCCGGCUCCGGGCAGCCCCGCGUUGUCCUCAUCAACUGGGUGGGGGAGAAGGUGCCGGAGUCCUACAGACAGACCUGUGCGGGGCAUCUGCCUGCCAUCAAGGCCUUCUUCAAGGAGGCCAGCCUGGUGCUGAGCGCCCGCCGCCCCGAGGAGGUGACGCAGGAGGGGCUCCAUCACGUGCUGUCCCAGCUCGCGCCAGCAGGGGGCAGCGUCUCCAGGCGAGCACCAGCCAGCAGCUCUGAGGAACUGGUGGGCACCAACUACAGGAAAACGAACCCUGCCCUGGAGAUCCGCAGGACCAAACGGGACUCGUUCUGGGCGCAGGCCGAGAGGGAAGAGGAGCAGCGGAAGGAGGAGGAGCGCCGGCGGCUGCUGGAGGAGCGUAGGCGCUGGGAACGUGAGCGCAUGGAGGAGGAGAAGAGAGAGGCGGCUGAGCGAGAGCGCAAGUUCAAGGAGAAGGAGAGGCUGAUCGAGGAGCAGAGGAAGGAGCAGGCGCGGCUGGAGGCCGAGGAGCGGAGGAAGGAGAAAGCCCGAUGGGAGCAGCAGCAGCGGGAGCACGAGGAGGCCAUGCGGGACCGGUUCCGGCGCAGUGAGUCCAUCGAGAAGGCAGUGGAGGCGGCCACGCUGGUCUCCCAGCGCUCACAGAAUCCCCGGGAGUUCUUCAGGCAGCGGGAACGCUCCAGCUCCACUUCGGGUGCCCAGUCGCCCCCCUCGCCCCUGGGUGUCAGGCCAGGAGCACCCCAUAGGCCCUACCUACGCUACCAGCGCAGCCUGACUGAGUCUGCCUACAUCUUCCGCCGGCCAGAGCCCCACACUUCGCCGGGUGACUUCCUCCCGGCCCCCUCCAGCCCUCGCACCUCUGAGUCCCGCUCCAGCACGGCUGCCCCUCCUGCCAGUCCACGCAGACCCACACCCCUGUCCCCCGCCAGCCUGCCUGGGACAGGGCCCCUGCCCUCCACCAGCCUGCCCAGGGCCAAACCCCUGCCCCCCACAAGCCCACCCGGGACAGGGCCCUUGUCCCCCACCAGCCCGCCAUGGGCCAAACUCCUGCCCCCCACCAGCCCGCCCGGGACAGGGCCCCUGCCCCACACCAGCCCGCCUUGGGCCAAACCCCUGCCCCCCACCAGCCCGCCCGGGACAGGGCCCCUGCCCCCCACCAGCCCGCCUUGGGCCAAACCCCUGCCCCCCACCAGCCCACCCAGGACAGGGCCCCUGGCUCCAGCUAUUCAGCCCAGAACCAAAGAUCUGUUCCACAUCAGUCCAGAUGGAACCAUGACUCUGCCUCCCAUCAGCCUGGCCGAACCCGGGUCUCCACCCCCUGCCCCCUCUGCCAGAGCCAGGUCUCGACCCCCUGCCAGCCCUCCCAGAACUUGGUCUCCAUCCCCUGCCCCCUCUGCCAGAGCCAGGUCUCCAUCCCCUGCCAGGCCUUCAUCCCCUGCCCCCUCUGCCAGAGCCAGGUCUCCACCCCCUGCCAGCCCUCCCAGAGCCGGGUCUCCACCCCCUGCCAUUCCUCCCAGAGCCUGGGUCUCCACCCCCUGCCAGCCCUCCCAGAGCCGGGUCUCCACCCCCUGCCCCCUCUGCCAGAGCCGGGUCUCCACCCCCUGCCCCCUCUGCCAGAGCUGGGUCUCCACCCCCUGCCAGCCCUCCCAGGGCCGGGUCUCCACCCCCUGCCCCCUCUGCCAGGGCCGGGUCUCCAUCCCCUGCCAGCCCUCCCAGGGCCGGGUCUCCAUCCCCUCCCAGGGCCGGGUCUCCAUCCCCUGCCAGCCCUCCCAGAGCCGGGUCUCCAUCCCCUGCCAGCCCUCCCAGGGCCGGGUCUCCAUCCCCUGACAGCCCUCCCAGGGCCGGGUCUCCAUCCCCUGACAGCCCUCCCAGGGCCAGGUCUCCAUUCCCUCCCAGGGCCGGGUCUUCAUCCCCUGCCAGCCCUCCCAGGGCCGGGUCUCCAUCCCCUGACAGCCCUCCCAGAACUUGGUCUCCUGCCCCUGCCAGCCCUCCCAGAGCCGGGUCUUCUCCACCCCCUGCCUUUCCCAGAGCUGGGUCUCCACCCUCUGCCAGCCCCCCAUGCCCUGUCAGCCCUCCCAGAGCCAGGUCUCCACCUCUUCUCUCUCUACCCCUGGCCAGCCCCCCUUCCCCAGUGUCUCUGUCCCCCAGCAUCCCCCAUGGGUUGAGGUCUCCAAACCAGCCCCCAGCUAUAUUUCCGCCCAUGGAGGAGGCUCCCCUAUUGCUCCAGGGCCCCUCUGAGGGCUCCCUCCUGGCAGAGUCAGUGCCCACUGAGGGGCCCCACGACCGGCUCCCAGAUGUGCAGACUGGGCCUCUCGCUGAUCCCACUCGCCCAUCACUGGCCGUGGGGGAGCCUGCUCCAAGCUGCCCGGUUCUCUCCAGCGCAGGUUCCCUCUCCGUGGAACCUCUGCCCCAGCCAGCGCCCUCCUGGCCCUGGCAGCCCGGCCCCUCCACAGCUGCAGCCCCCCUGCCUGGCGAGGACCCCGGGGCAGGUGGGUGUUCGGGGCAGGACGGUGCCAUCGUGCGCACACACCAGGAGCUGCCGGGCUGAGCCAGCACUGGGGUCACCUGGGCUGGCAGGUCUGUCCCGCUCCCCCAGCACGGCCCAGCAGGAAACCCCCCAGCGGGUCUGCCCCCCACCCCCAACACAGCCCCCGGCAGGAAACCCCCUGGGGAGGGCACCACGCAGUGCUGCUUGGCCGGCUGUCACUCGGGGGCGUUCUGCUCCGGGGGGAGGCGGCGGGGUUCCUGAAUUGCCGUCAGCCAGGCUGGUGGAGUGGGGUACCUGAUGGAGCCCAGCAGCCCCUGAGCCAGCUUGGACGGUCGCCCGCUGCUCUGGCAGCAGAGCGAGUGCCAGGCACUCAGCCCUCACCCGUCUCCCCGUAGGUGGAGAGGCAUGGGUGGAGCCCUCCCACGGGCCUUGCCUGGCACCAGGGGCCAGCCCGGCCGAGCUCCUCCUGGAGUCAGGACACAAUGGCAUAGCAGGGCAG